AUGGGCUCGGAAAAUUGUUUGUCUACUCUACUUUUUGUUUGUGUAGUUAAUGUAACUAAUAUGUCAGAUGAGUGCAAAACAAACGUCUUUCAUGAAGAUGUAUUUGGACGUGCUUUUGUAGACCGGAAUGAAUCUGCAGGAAGUGAUUCUGAUGGUAUCAGCGAUAGCGUUGUGGGGAAUGUGAGUAAAUUACUAGUUAUACCUAAUGGAUACACUGGAAAAUUACGAAAAGGACAUCUAAUCUUCGACGCAUGUUUCGAAAGUGGAAAUCUUGGAAAGGUUGUGUACGUCAGUGAAUACGAGUAUGAUUUAUUUAUACGUCCGGAUACAUGCAAUGCACGAUUCAGAGUAUGGUUUAAUUUCACAGUGGAAAACACUAAAUAUGAACAGCAACAAAGACGUCUAGAUCUUAUAACAAUUACUCAUCCUAGUAAUCUCAAUAAAACGGCUGACAAGAAACGUGUGAUAUUUGUGACCGCUCGUGUUCAUCCUGGUGAAACACCAUCAUCUUAUGUUUGCCAAGGAUUUAUUGAUUUCAUGGUUAGUAAUCAUUCGAUAGCUCAACAAUUACGUGAACAUUUAAUUUUUAAAAUUGUUCCAAUGUUAAAUCCAGAUGGUGUUUAUUUGGGAAAUUAUAGAUCAUCUUUAAUGGGAUUCGAUUUAAAUAGACAAUGGCAGUCUCCAUCCUUAUGGGCACAUCCUACUAUUUAUGCUACAAAACAAUUGUUAAUGAAUUUGGACAAUAAUCCAUUCAUCGAUGUGAAUUUCUUCAUUGAUAUACAUGCACACUCUACACUAAUGAAUGGAUUUAUGUAUGGAAAUAUAUAUGAAGAUGAAAAACGAGCAGAAAGGCAAGCUAGAUUUCCAAGUUUGUUAAGUCAGUUUGCUGAAGACUUUAGUUUACCACAGACAAAUUUCAAUAAAGAUACUUUAAAAGCUGGAACUGGUCGACGCACAUUGGGUGGUAUUCUGGACGAUCACACUAUUUGUUAUACAUUAGAAGUUUCAUUUUACAGUUACACAAAUAUGUUAACCAAUGAAAUGAUUCCGUAUACUGAAGAAAAGUAUGCUCGACUAGGCAGAAAUUUAGCUAGAACAUUUUAUGAAUAUUAUUCAAAUGAAGGUAUUUUAUGUAACAUGUCGUCGUCAUCUAGAGUUGAUUCAAUUCAUUCACCUGGUAAUAUUUCGAUAUCAAGCUAUUCCUUACGUAAUAAUCAUAAUUUAUCAAAUGUCAAUUUAGAGGAUGACCACAGUCAACAUCAUCACAGUAAUGAUGUAAAGAAUUAUGGAAUAAAUAAAGAAUCAAUCGUCCAACCCACGUCAUCUAAAGACUGUUUAGAAGAUAGACUAAAAUAUAAUUAUGAUCAGUUAAAAAGAUUAAAUCAGACAUUGAAUUCCUUAAAGCUGAACAAUAACCUAAUAAAUUGUCUAUGGUGGGGAAAUGCAACAUAA